CUUCACCUUUUGCGACCGCAUUUUUAGCCGCCCGAUCUGAUCAAACAAUGGCUUUUUUUCAUGGCAUCACGGUAGCGCAGCUAUGGCUACGAAUUUCGAACCCCCAGAACCCACGAUAAUACCCACAGCCAACGCCGUUCCGUAUACUCGAUUACAUAUAACGCCGUUAGACGAAUCGUUGCUUAGCGUUGUUGUCCCCUCUUCGAUCCUACCUCGAGCGCGUAACAUCUCAUAUCACACUAUCGAAACCUUUCCUGACAAGCAAUACGGUUUCGUCGAUCUACCCGCGGCCGAUGCGGACAAGAUUAAAAGAAAACUAAACGGAGCCGUCCUGAGAGGAAUCAAGAUGCGUAUCGAGAAGGCCAAGCCUGAACGUAUCCCCGAGCCCACAGGCGCGGCUUGUGAGAGCGAAGUCAAGAAGGAUAGAAAAAAGAGGAAGCGCGAGACUGACGUGACACCCGGAGUUGAACUCGAAGGUCGAAAAGUCAAGCGCGGAUGGACUACCUCGGAUCGCAAGAUGAUUGAGGAGAAGCGGAAGACAAAGAAGGAAAAGAAAUCUAAGGAAGGGAAGAAAAAGAGGAGGGAGACCAAGUCAAAAUAUACAGAUGGGCCUGAAUGUUUGUUCAAGACGAAACUUCCGAAUGCUGGGAUAUCGUCGAAAGAUAGUCAAGAUCCCGACGGGUCCAGAAAGAAGAAGCACAAGAGCGGUCGCGAGGUAGUCAUGCACGAGUUUGAGAAGACGAUAAAGCAUCCUUCAUUUCUCAAGAGCAACACCGAGAAGUCAAGCUUAGGAGCUGUGUCCUUUGAAGAUGGCGUCGGCUGGGUGGACGAGCACGGAGUUGUUGUCGAACCCGUCGCGAGUAAGAGACCAAGCGUUAAUCCUUCUAAACAAGCGGCGGAAUCCAAGCCCUCCGAACCGGUAAUUUCUGCAGAGGACAGCGAUACGACGAGCAGCAGUGGCUCUUCUGAUGACUCUGGUGAUUCUGAUUCUGAUGAUGAUGAUGAUGCCAACGAUGCCGAUGAUGCCGAGGUGCUCGGCCAGGUCGUAGAUAGCUCAGAGGAUGAAGAAGGCAACGAGCAGCCUACGGAGCUCGAGUUAGACACGCGGAUUUUGACCAGCCCCGUAUCAAUCCUAAAGACGGGGUCCGCGAGGCCGAAAUCUUCCGGUUCGACCACAAGCCUCACCAUUAAGAUACCCCCUGUCACGCCGGCUGCUACGAAAGUGCAUCCCCUCGAGGCGUUAUAUAAGCGACCUAAGGGGGACUCUGAAAUACCUAACGAAGCUCAACCUUUCAGUUUCUUUGACGGAGACGAUGAUGACAUCGAAGAAGAUGAUAGCGCCAUGGGUCCCCCGAGCCAGCCUCCCAUGACUCCAUUCACAAAGCAAGACUUUGAAUAUAGAAACGUAAGGAGCGCCGCGCCGACUCCGGAUACGGCACAUCCUAGUCGGACUUUCAAUCUAUGGCCGAGACAGGGCUCUACGGAUGAUAUAGCCGAGGAUGAUGAGGAAGAAGAACUGGAGGACGACGGCGAGCACGCGGGAAUCAGUACCAAUGCCACCCAUGCCGAUGGUGGCGGUCAAACUCCUGCUAGCGAUUUUCAAAGGCAGUUUUGGGAGAGCCGGGGUGAUCUGAACCGCUCUUGGAGGAGGCGGCGGAAGGCUGUUUCGAAAGAGAAGCGUUAUAGGGACAAUCGUGCUCGUGCAGAACGGGCAAUUUAGGGCGUGUAUCAUACGCAAAUUUCAGCAGUUUUAUAUUAGGUGUUGCUUUUAUACAUGUACUAUAAUCCAUAGGUAUACACGGGCCUUAUUAACGAACCAGAACCCAUAUAGGAAAGGAUUUCCAUGUUACAAGACACUCUAAACUCAUUAGUUGCUCGGUCACGAAAUCAGAAAACCAUAAUGAAUGAAACCUUCGCAUUACAAACUCUUCAUCAUCAAUCAGGUACUAUGGAU